GAUUGACUAAUUGAAGAGUUUAUGACUCAACAAUGGAAUGCACAGAACCUGUGCUUCUUAAUCACCACAGUAAGUAAACUUAUCUGAGAGAAAGAGAGAAAGAGAGAAGAGAAGCAUGUGUGAGGUGGGAGUAGAGGACUUGGUCAAGGCUGGGCUAAGCACUGAGGAGGCCAAGUAUUUCCAAAGGGUCCUUGAAGAUAUAGUGAAUGGAGCCAAAGGGUUGGAGCCAAGUGAGGUCUGGAGAGAGGUGGUGGCUCGGAGACUGCUCAAACCAUCACACCCACAUGAGCUCCACCAACUGCUUUACCACUCUGUCUAUGCCAACUGGGAUGUCUCAACCAGAGGCCCCCCUCUCUACUGGUUUCCUUCUCUACAUCAGUCGAAAAAAACGAACUUGGGACGUCUCAUGGAGAAGUAUGGUUCAGAAGUUUUAGGGCCUUUGUAUAAGGAUCCCAUAACAAGUUUUAGCCUCUUCCGAAAGUUCUCUGUUCAGCAACCUGAGGCAUACUGGUCAAUUGUUCUGAAAGAGCUUUCAGUUUCAUUCCAAGAGGCUCCAAAGUGUAUUCUAGACAGUGCAGACAAGUCAAAGCGCAGCGGAUCAUGGCUGCCAGGUUCGGUUUUGAACAUUGCUGAAUGUUGCUUGUUACCCACUUCAUAUCCAAUGAAAAGGGAUGAUAGUCCUGCAAUUGUAUGGAGAGAUGAAGGUUAUGAUGAUUCUGAAGUAAAUGUUUUAACACUGAAGGAACUCAGAGAGAAAGUAAUGUUGGUGGCGAAUGCACUUGAUGCAAUGUUUUCAAAAGGCGAUGCAAUUGCAAUCGACAUGCCAAUGACAGUCAAUGCUGUUGUUAUAUAUUUGGCAAUCAUACUAUCUGGUUUUGUAGUAGUAUCCAUAGCUGAUAGCUUCGCUGCAAAGGAGAUUGCUACUCGCUUGCGCGUGUCAAAUGCCAAGGCUAUCUUUACUCAGGAUUUCAUACUGAGAGGAGGCCGCAAAUUUUCACUGUACAGUCGAGUUGUUGAUGCUGCACCGCAUAAAGCUAUUGUCCUCCCUGUGAAUGGCAGUAAUUUAGGACUUCAAUUAAGAGAACAAGAUAUAUCAUGGGAAAAAUUUAUUUCCAAUGUUAGUAACCAAGCAAGAUCAAACCAUUACACUCCAUUUUAUCAGCCUGUAGACUCUCUGAUAAAUAUACUAUUCUCUUCUGGAACCACAGGAGAACCAAAAGCCAUUCCAUGGACACAACUUUCUCCGCUUCGUUGCGCAGCUGAUACAUGGGCUCAUAUUGAUGCUCAAGUUGGAGAUGUUUUCUGCUGGCCUACCAAUUUAGGAUGGGUGAUGGGUCCAGUUUUACUAUUCUCUUCAUUUCUAUCUGGUGCAACUCUUGCUCUUUACCAUGGUUCUCCUCUAGGCCAUGGUUUUGGAAAAUUUGUUCAGGAUUCAGGUGUGACUAUUUUAGGCACAGUUCCAAGCCUUGUUAAAGCUUGGAAAAACACACAGUGUAUGAAAGGCCUGGAUUGGACAAAGAUAAAGGUGUUUGCUUCCACCGGGGAAGCUUCUAAUGUUGAUGAUGACCUUUGGCUCUCUUCACAAGCUUAUUACCAACCCAUCAUUGAAUGCUGUGGAGGGACAGAACUUGCAUCAUCUUACAUACAAGGAAGUCUAGUGCAACCACAAGCUUUUGGAGCGUUUAGCACAGCAGCAAUGACAGUUGGUCUUGUCAUUCUUGAUGAAAAUGGAAUUCCUUAUCCAGAUAAGCAAGAAUGUACCGGUGAAGUUGGCUUAUUCCCUCUGUACUUGGGAGCAACUGAUAGACUACUCAAUGCAGAUAAUGAAAAAGUCUACUUCAAGGGAAUGCCUUUAUAUAAUGGAAUGAGCCUUAGGAGACAUGGAGACAUCCUCAAGAGAACUGCUGGAGGCUUUUUCAUAGUACACGGCAGGGCUGAUGACACCAUGAACCUUGGUGGCAUUAAGACAAGUUCUAUCGAAAUUGAACGAGUAUGCAACCGAGCUGAUGAGAGUGUCAUGGAGACAGCAGCAGUUAGUGUAGCUCCAGUCAGUGGAGGUCCAGAACAACUGGUUAUGUUUGUAGUUUUAAAAAGUGGACAUAACAACGAAGCAGAAAGGCUUAAGAAGAAGUUCUCAAAAGCCAUUCAGAGCAAUCUUAAUCCGUUGUUUAAGGUGAGCUUUGUGAAGAUUGUUGAAGAGUUUCCUCGAACAGCAUCUAACAAGUUACUAAGGAGAGUUCUGAGGGACCAAAUGAAGCAUGAACUGCUGGUUCGAAGUAAAAUUUAGUGUAAACAUUGUUGACUCUGCUGAUUACAUUUAUAACCAAUAACCAAUGUGUACUGUGAUCAAAGGCUUGGAAUUUAAAUAUCCAUAUGAUAAUAAAUUAUAAAAUUUUCAUAUUAUAAAUA